AUGCACUGUCGCGCGAAGCACGGCUACGAGAAAACUGACAAGUGUUCCUACUGCGACUACAGGGCUUCUAAUGCUGAGCAGGUGAAGGUAGGUUUAUAUGUGGUAGUGUUGAUGCACUGUCGCGCGAAGCACGGCUACGAGAAAACUGACAAGUGUUCCUACUGCGACUACAGGGCUUCUAAUGCUGAGCAGGUGAAGGUAGGUUUAUAUGUGUAG